UUCAGGCGACCGACACACAGUUAAUUUGCAGCUGUUUCACUUGAUCUUUGACACCAGCAAGAGAAAAAAGAUGGGUACUGCAACAUGGAUGAUGUGUUUCACACUCGAUAAAAAAACUUUCGAUUCUGAAGAGGCCCAUGAACUGUACCAAUCGCUACCAAACGUUUGUUUCGAAGGCAGCGCUGAGCUACAGACUGUAUGCGACUGUGGCGAGAGGGGAGACAAAAUGAUAACGGCGACUUCUGAUGAUGGAAGUCACGUAAUUAUUCAUCUGUAUCACUUUGCCUAUCUGACUGUGGACAUCACCUUUGUUGUAGAAGAUAUCGAUCAGAUAAAACCGUUGUCUGAACCAUUCACUUUACAGAAUUUAUCAGAGAAAAGAAAGAAUUUAGAAAACCAUCUUGGACAAUUAGUGAAAAAGAGUGAAAGUUUAAGUGUUCCAAUAAGAAGAGGACCUGGUAUCACAUGGACAUAUGGACAGACAGGUGAUGAACGGUUAUUUGAAACGGACUAUGAAGAGAUCGUGUUCGAAGCGGACAGUAAAUGGCAGAAUAUCAAGAUCGCAAAAUCUAGAGAAUUCGGAAAUGUUCUACUUCUCGAUAAUGAUAUCAUGCUUGGUGAAAGCGACUUGGUCUACACAGAAACUCUACUGGGAUUAGGAAGAAAUGAAUUUAGAGAUAAAACCAUUCUGAUAUUGGGUGGUGGAGACGGGGGAAUCCUACACGAACUUCUCAAAAUGUCACCAGCUUAUGUUCUCAUGGCGGAAAUAGAUGAAGAAGUUAUAAAAGCUUGCAGUAAACAUAUGAAAAAGGUGUGCGGGGAUACUCUUGAAAAAUGGGAAGGUGCAAACUAUAAGAUCAAGAUAUGUGAUUGUAUUCUUGAGCUCAAAGAAGCUUUGACGUCAGGAACCAAGUAUGAUUACGUCAUUAAUGAUCUCACAGAAUUUUCAGUAGACAAAGAUAAAUACGGUUUCGAAUAUCCGUUUGAAACAAGCUGUACUAUAUUGGAAUUUUCAAUGAAGAUUUUAAAAAUUGGUGGAAAAUACUUAGCAAGGGGGAAUUGUCUGAGUGCAAGAAAUUACAGAAAUCAAUUUGAGAAGGAUGUAAGAACCCUUGGCUAUGACUUUACAAGGACUGAUGUCCAUGUUCCUUCCUUCCUAGAGACAUAUUCUUUGUAUGAAGUUGUAAAAAAGGAAACUAUAGAUGCUUAAAAUGAUAGAACAAAAAAGGCA